ACAAAAAAAGAUAACGAAAGAGAUUAAAAUUGACAAAUUGUUUUAGUUUUAUAUAUAUAUACAUUGAUUUUAAUUUUUUUGUUCGUUCGUUCGUUCUUGGCAACAGGGAAAUUCUAACGCAAUUAUUUUACAAAUUUUAUUAGAUUACAUAGCAACUUAAAAAAAAAAAUACAAGUAAAAGAAGAGCAAAAAAACAACAAAGCAACGGAGAAAGCAACCAACCAAUAAAUAUUUUUAAUUGAUAAUAACUAGUUAAAAAUAAAACCGCAACUCUGCAAAAACAUAGCUCCAACAACACACACACACAACGUAUUAAACGGAGAAAGUAAAAAUAGAGAUACUAAAACAACAUCCUAAUAAUAUCGCAUCAGAUCUUAUUCUGAACACACAAAAAAAACUAUACUAUUUUUUUAUGAUUUUUAUUUUUUGCUCGUAAACUGUUGGACUUGUAUAGUAUUUAGUCAUAUUAACUGAUAUACAAACACAAACAUACAUACAUACACAAAAAAAACGAAUCCUAAAAGCAUUCAAACCAAGACAUAAAAUAGACUUUCGACAAACUCACGGGAUAUAUUUAAUCAGCAAAGCUAAAUCCAAAAUAAAUAAUUAAAAAUAAAAUCGUGUGCGGUUAAAACAUUUGAAAACAAACAAUUUAAAAAAGCGGUUGCAAGUUGCGAGAUCUAUUGUUGUUAUUGGGGAGACGAUUUGAAUUGAGACUGCGUCUGUUUCUGAUUGUCGAAACAAUAUGGCAUCGGCCGAUAUAUUCAGCAGUGUUGCAACGGCUCCAAUUGCAACAACCGAGCCCAUAUUAAAUGGACACAAUGAAACCACCAUUGUUGAACCAUUGACUAUCAACGACAUCAAGAUGUUCGAAUCAUUGGACCUUAAUUCGUCCGGCAGCAGUGGCAUUGGCAAUAGCAACGAAGCCAUCAUUGAAGGAUCAUUGGAUGAAUCUGAUUCGUUGCUGGAAGACACCAAUCAAUACUGCAAGAUAUGCAAGGAGAAGCUUCGUUCACCACGCGUUAUGUCGUGUUUACACGUAUUUUGCGAAGAAUGCAUUGAUGGUUUGCUCACAGAGAGUGAAGAUCCAUUGAAUGCCAACACUUCAAUCGAAUGUCCUGAAUGCAGUCAACCAACUAUCAUCACUGGAAAGGCCGCAUCACUUCAACCGGACUAUGUGCAAACGAACAUCUUGGAUUUGUCAUCGAUGGAACCGGGUGCAUUGCAAUGUACAUCGUGUAAAAGUGCCGAAACGGCCAUUUCGCGUUGCACCAAUUGCGCAAAUUUUCUAUGUCCCAGUUGUGAUAAUGCUCAUCAUCACAUGCGUUGCUUUGAAAACCAUCACGUUGUCAUUCUGGAUAACAUUCGUAGUUCCGAUGAAAAGGUUACGAUCCAUAAACCAAUCUUCUGUGCCACGCACAACAGCGAAAAUCUCAAGUAUUAUUGCUUCAAAUGUCAAGUGCCAGUUUGUAAUGAUUGUGUUGUUGGUGACCAUAAGGGUGCCGAACAUCAUUACGAAUUGAUUGGCGAAGCCGAAAAGCUUAUGCGCACCGACAUUGAAGAACUAAUGACUAAGGCCAAAAAUAAAAUUAGCUACUGUGAUGAUGCAUCAACCAGUCUUGGAAAUGCAUUGACUGAACUUCAAAAUCAACAUGACACCGCUCAUAAUUUGAUCACCGAGACGUACAAACGUUGCAAGAAAAUCUUGGACGAAUGUCGCGAACAAUCGUUCAAAGAUCUUGAUCGAUUGCAUUCCGAACGUGAGUUAAAAAUCAUGGAUUUGAUGCACAACGUGGAGAAAAGCGUUGAAAAAACGGAAACAGCACUCAAAUUUUCAAAUAAAUUGAUGAAUGCAUCAAAUGCCACCGAAUUUUUAUGCAUGAAAAAAAUGAUUGGCACACAAUUUUUGCAACUUAUGUCCGACACACCAAAGAUCGAUGUGAACUUUUCACUUGAAUUCGAUUCGAAAGUGGAAAAAUUCGAGCAAUUGGCAUCCGAUGCAUUUGGUAAAUUUCGCACGGAAUCAUCACCACCAAGUCCAAAAGAAAGUACACCGCCACCAACACUUCCAGGUCUACCACCGACAUUAAAUAAAUCAAACAUUCCAUGCAAUAGCUCUCAGAGUGCUCUCACCGGUUCGGUUACGGCCAGCAGCCCAAUUUCGUUGCCAACAUCAAUGCAAUCAUCAUUUGAUGGUGAUAUGUCGAAUAUUGGUGCUAGCUUUUUAAUUCCACCCAGUGCACUCACACCAGAUACAGUUGCCGUACAACAACCAUCCACCCAAACAAAUGGACACACUGGACCCAUUGCACCCAUUGCAUCGUCGGUUGUCACACAAAAUGGCAACCAAGUAUUGUCGUUGAACACAAGUAUUGCCGAAUACAAUUUACAUCGUUUGGCCAAUUUGGUCGAAUCAAAUGACAUUCCGGAUGGUAUUGUGUCAUCGCCACAAAAUAGUCCAGCUCCACAAUUCACAUUGGCCGAUCUCAUCUCAAACGAACGAGCAUUUAAUAACAUACAAGCUUUGUGCAAACUUGGAAACUUCAAUAACAACGAAAUGAGUACAAAUGCCAUACCAAAUCAUCGACCGGAUAGCGUGUCAUUGUUAACGGAUUAUUCGAUUGCAUCGUCAACAUCACCAGUUGGUACAAUUGGUUCGAUCAACGAAAAUAUGAACAGUUUGAAUGGCCUGAAUGGUAUCAAUGGUCUAAAUGGAAUCAACGGAAUAAAUGGCAUGAAUCUCAAUGGGAACAAUGUUAACAUUCCGGGCCGCAUAAAAGCAACACCGAUGCAUAUUCGCUUCAAAUUUGGUAGUCUGGGACCAGCACGCGUUCAAUUCAAUUCACCGCAUGGUUUUUGUUUGGGAGUCGACGAAGAAAUCAUCGUGGCUGAUACAAACAAUCAUCGUAUCGAAAUCUUUGAAAAGGAUGGUACAUUCAAAAUGCAAUUCGGUGUUCCGGGUAAAGAAGAGGGCCAAUUGUGGUAUCCAAGAAAAGUAGCUGUAAUGCGAUCGAACAGCAAAUUUGUGGUCUGCGAUCGCGGAAAUGAACGAUCACGCAUGCAAAUCUUCACCAAAAAUGGUCAUUUCAUCAAGAAAAUUGCCAUUCGUUACAUUGAUAUUGUUGCUGGUUUGGCUGUUUCAAACGAAGGCCACAUUGUCGCUGUGGACAGUGUGUCUCCAACUGUUUUUGUCAUCUCUGAAGAUGGAGAUUUGGUUCACUGGUUUGAUUGCAGUGAUCACAUGCGUGAACCGUCUGACAUUGCUAUCAGUGGUACCGAUUUCUACGUGUGCGACUUCAAGGGUCAUUGUGUUGCGGUCUUUGGACAAGACGGCACAUUUAAGUAUCGCAUUGGUAACGAGAAAAUUACGUGCUUUCCCAAUGGAAUCGAUAUAUCAGAUGCAGGCGAUAUUUUGAUUGGUGAUUCACACGGUAAUCGCUUCCAUGUUGCUUGCUUCUCACGCGAAGGCAUCCUUCAAUCGGAAUUCGAGUGUCCACAUGUUAAGGUUUCACGUUGUUGCGGCUUAAAAAUUACAUCCGAAGGCUAUGUGGUCACAUUGGCCAAAAAUAAUCAUCAUGUUUUAGUUUUGAAUACGCUUUACAUCCAGUGAUUCGACGACUCAAACAUAAGCACACCCAACACAUCGACAAUAAGUCGCUGAUAAGGAAUACGCUAAAACCAAACUGAUUUAACUGAUCUCUUUAAUUAAUUUUACGGUUUUUUUUUUCUCUCAAACCAGGAAAAAAUAUCAAUUAAGUGAAACAUGCAAAAAUAUGCAAAGUAAUUUUACAAAAUACAAACAA